AUGGCCUCUUUUCACCUGUCUCUCUGCAUAUCCACAACACCAUGCUCUCGUCAGCAUGGUCUGUCACCAUGCCCUCAUCAUCAUUGCCACGUCACCGCGAGCGAUUGGAACGAUUACGGGGGUGCGAUUACGGGGGGGCUUCAUUACUUCCGUGCUCUCUUCACCUCUGAUUGCUACAGGGGGUUUGGCUCAGCAGCUGUCCCCUCCUUUUCGCCUCUGCCUGGGUCUCUGCCUUGUACGUGCCAUGGCAUGGCAUGGCAUGGCAUGGCACCACAGGUGAACGGCAUGGCGCUGCAGCGAGUGUGGGUGCAGGGCGUUCUCAGAAGCGCAGAUGCUGCCUCCCUCGCUGCUGUCCCGGGUGGAGAGGUGCCUACUAGCGCAGGUGGUUCUGCUGCUGCGGAGGGGAGGUUGUAUCUGGACGACGGCAGUGCAGCGGUUGAGAUCGUUCCUGCUAAAGGGGGGUCGCCCCCGCUUGUUGGGUCGUAUGUUCAAGUCAUCGGUGCGCUCUGCACCCGCCCUGCCAGCCCACCAUUCAUCAAGGUGCACAAGCUGGUGGAUCUGUCAGCAGACCCCAACAGGGAGUCACUAUGGCACCUCGAGGUGAUCGAAGCGCACAUCCGGUCACGACCCAAGCCGCGCACAUGA